UUUCCUCUUCAGCGCUUUAAAAGCAGAAUAGCUAACCAACGAAGAUGAACAACCAAACAGAUUGAAGAAAAAGGGCGUUACAGCGAUUUGCGAUUCCUGGAUCAAUCGAUCAACCGAGACAAAACAAUAAGAAGGUGAAAUUCAAUAUGCGGUAAAGUGGAAUAAGGAUCCUGUAGUAUUUGUUUUCGUGUGCACCUAAAUGGCAUCUUUAAAACAAAGCACGCGAGAAGAGGCAGAUAACAAUCAUGCUCUUCUCCGUAAGGAAUGGGAUGAAGCUUCAUGCCCGAUAUGCAUGGAUCACCCACACAAUGCUGUCCUUCUACUUUGUAGUUCUCAUGAUAAAGGGUGUAGAUCUUACCUUUGUGACACAAGUUAUAGGCACUCAAACUGUCUUGACCGUUUCAAGAAAGUCCCUGAAGAAAAUUUUCAUUUGCCCCCAUCUCCACCAACAUCAGAAUUAAAGCAGAGCCUCAAAUGUCCUUUAUGUCGGGGGGAUGUAUUUGGGUGGAAAGUCAUGGAAGAAGCUAGAGACCACCUCAAUUUGAAGCUUAGAAAUUGUUCUCGUGAUUCGUGCACGUUUGUAGGCAACUAUAAGGAAUUGCGGCUUCAUGCCAGGAGGGCCCACCCCACAGUCCGCCCAACUGAGGUUGACCCAUUAAGACAAAGAGCUUGGAGAAGCCUUGAAGAACAGAGAGAGUAUGAUGACAUCAUCAGUGCUGUUAGAACGGCUAUGCCAGGGGCUAUGGUCCUUGGGGACUAUGUGAUAGAGAAUGUUGGAGGAAAUAGGGUUUCUAGCUCAACUGGUAAUAAUAGGGAUAGAGGGGCUGGAUUGAUGAGUACAUUUUUUCUCUUUCAGAUGUUUGGAUCAAUGGGCUCAAUGCCUGAUCUAAGAAGGGGUGAUGGGGGGUCAGGGGAUUUGUCGAGGCACCGUCGUUCAAAUAAUGGACCUUUUUCAAGGCGUCGCUCUCUUUGGGGUGAGAAUCUUUUAGGACUUCAGGAUGAAGAGAGAAACAGGGAAGAUAAUGAUGACCCUAACAUGGAUGUAAUGAGUGAUGAGGCUCCCUCUGAUAGGAGGAGGAGAAGGAGGCGUCGAUUUAUUUGAUCUUUCAAUGUCAAAUGAAGAUCACCAGUAGCAUUAGACAAUCAUUCUGAGACCCUCAGAUCCAUAAACUUGAUGCAACUUAUUCCUUGAGUUUUCAGAAUGGCAGAUUUGUUUGGAAAUGGGCAAUAAUUGAUGGUGCUGGUGAAUUAUGUUCCAUUUAUGAUCCAUCUUAAACUGCAACAUUUGUAUAUAUUCGUUUGUAUUUUCUGUAAUCGUUCUAUGUGCAAGUGCGUAAUACUGUUGUUCACUCGUAUGUAAUCUCUAUAUAUUGAAACUUAUCUAUUAUCUAUUGAAACAUGAGUGUGUUGCUAUUUUUGCAGUGCUCUCCGCCUCUCCUCAAGGUUUUCAAUCGAACUAAAAAAAAGUAUCGAGCAAGAUUGAUUUAA